CGUAUGAUGCAAUUCUGCAGCCACCCGCCGGAGAGAAUCCACCGGGCGCCAGACUUCUCUCAACCUUCCAUUCCAUGGAUUCCAACUUACUCCACUUGAACAUCCCUCUUGGCCCGUCACAGAAAAAGCAUGUCGACCCCCGCAGUCCAGGCUCUCCGAGCUCAAUAUAGUUCAACCUUGAAACGUUUUAUCGCGUCGAGCAAGAACUUUGAAAUCCUCAGCUCGAUCCAGUCUCAAUCCCCACCAGUUCGCGCCCCAGACGUCCUAUAUGUAUUGGACUCAUCCUUCAAUCCUCCCACCCUUGCCCAUCGCAGGAUAGCAAGUACCGCCCUUCUGAAGAAUUCUAGCAAAACCCCGCGGCUUCUGCUGUUGCUCGCAACCCAGAAUGCGGAUAAACCUUCCAAACCAGCGUCGUUCGAGGAUCGUCUUGUGAUGAUGGAUCUGUUCGCUAGAGACCUCCUGGUAUAUCUCAAGAAUCACUUCUCGUCGCCAGAGGAUGAGAGUCUUCCGGCGAUCGAUAUCGGUCUCACUAAGAAACCGUUCUUUUUCGAUAAAGCGGCGGAAAUAGAAGCUGCGGGGAUUUAUCCGGGGUCACUUGAGCAGGUUCAUCUCACGGGCUAUGAUACACUGGUCCGGAUUUUCAACCCUAAGUAUUAUCCGCCGGAACAUACCCUCCAGCCACUGGGUCCUUUUCUCACGCGCCAUCGCUUAAGAGUCACCAUGCGACCGGGUAGCGAAUGGGGUGAUGCAGAGGAGCAGAGGCAGUUCCUACUCAACAUGGCCCAGGGGGGUAUGGAGAAUGUCGGUGGCAAGCGUGAAUGGGCUCAGCGCAUCCAGCUGGUAGAAGGAAGACGACCUGAUGAAAGGCCAGUGAGCUCUACAUUGGCCCGAGAGGCAAUUCAGUCGAACCCCCAAGAUCUGGUCGGCCUCGUACCUGACAAUGUCCGAGAGUUUGUUCUGACCCAACAACCAUACUCGGAGUAAACAUUCUCACGGCAUUAAUGAAAGCUUUGUUACGUGGUAGAGUAAAUGAUCAAGAUGCGCCGAUGUGCGCUAUACGUCGACGACCUAUAUAAUACAUGACGCUCUGAUUUAGGAGCAUAUAUAUCCGUCCAGGAGGGCU